AGUACAAGGCAACUGCGCAGAGGGGAAAGGCAGUGGUAGAAUGAAAGAGACUUUCAUCUGAGGCUCUCAGGACACGAUCGCGGCUAUUUUUAUCGUUAUUAGAAUGCAAUGCAAUGCAACUAUAACACAUGCAUUUGUGUAGCAGGAAUUAAAACUGCAGCUUGCGUGUUAAGGAAAUUUGAAAAGCGACGGUAACGGCCUCACUUCGACUUUAAACGUUGCAGCCAGUCGUUUGUGUCUUUGCAUUUCGUUUGUGAAUGAAUAAAUAUCCACCAAGUCCCCUGCCAAAGCUUUGGCGCCAUUGAAAGGGAGCUGCUGUUAUUUCCUAGCUAUUUGCAGAAAUAAUAAAAAAUAACAUAACAAAGAAGACAUUGCUAUCUGUGCGAAAGUAAUUGGAUUUUGACAGCAGUUCCACCUAACAUUCACCAGCGGGUGAGCUUGGUGUAGUUAGCUUAGCAAGCUAAGUGCAUAAAUUAUUUGCGAGUUGGCUACACUUCCGGGAUUCAGUACUGACAUUCACUGGCUUUUGCAGCCUGGUUCUGUUGAUGCGAGCACCUUGUAGUAGAAUGUUGCAGUAAAGGUAGCGGUCUUGUUGCAAUUUACAUUUUCUCGUUACAUUGCUAAUUGCCUAUCAGACCUACCAAGCAAAGCAAGAUUCAUUAAACCUUAACUGUUCUACUUUAGGGGUAUUAUCGUCGUGCACUUUGCUAGCUAGCUAGCUACCUCAUCUACAGAGCAUUAUAUUGCUUUGCUUUCUGCAAAAUAUAUCUAACUAUUGUUUUGUAAAGAUUUUAGCCACGAAAUAAGCCCAAACUCUUUAUAACUUAGGUAAUUUACCUAGAAAGGGCAAAAUGAUCCCUGACAAAGUACCCCAAGAGGACGUUUAUCACGCGCCUCAAGACCUUGUCAAAGGAGCUCAUGUUCCGAACUUUGAAAAAUACAAAGAGCUCUACCUGAAAUCCAUUCAGAGUCCGGAAGAGUUCUGGGGUGACAUAGCCAAAGACUUUUUCUGGAAGACGAAGCACACAGGAAAGUUCCUGGACUACAACUUCGAUGUGACGAAGGGGAACAUUUACAUUCAGUGCAUGGAGGGCGCCACCACCAACAUCUGCUACAAUGCCCUGGACUGGAACAUCCAUCAGCGGAACCUGGGGGACAAAGUGGCCUUCUACUGGGAAGGAAACGAGCCUGGAGACGAACUCAAGGUGACGUACAGGGAGCUUCUCCACCAGGUCUGCAAGUUUGCCAACGUCCUCAAAUCAGUGGGGGUGAGGAAGGGUGACCGGGUGUCCAUCUACAUGCCCAUGGUGGUGGAGCUGGUGGUGGCCAUGCUGGCCUGCGCUCGGAUCGGGGCCGUGCACUCCAUCGUGUUUGCAGGCUUCUCCGCAGAGUCGCUGUUUGAGAGGAUCAUGGACUCGCAGUGCUCUCUGCUCAUUACUGCUGAUGGGUUCUACAGAGGAGACAAGCUGAUCAGCCUGAAGCUGAUUGCUGAUGAUGCACUGCAGAGAUGCAGAGACAAGGGUGUCCCAGUAGAGAAAUGCAUCAUGCUGAAGCACCUGUCUAAAGAACAGCCCGACUCCCCAGCUGCCUCCCCGUCCCCACCUGCAAAGCGACCCUGCCCUGACCUGCAGCAGGAGACACCCAAAGACAAAGUAAGGAAAAUCCGCCCCAAGGCCCAGGUGCCCUGGAACCCCGAGGUGGACCUCUGCUGGCACACGCUGGUGGACGGGGCAUCUGAGGAGUGCGAGCCAGAGUGGUGUGCGUCCGAGGACCCUCUCUUUAUCCUGUACACCAGCGGCUCCACAGGCAAACCCAAGGGUGUUCUGCACACGGUCAGUGGAUACAUGCUCUACGCUGCUACUACCUUCAAGCUGGUGUUCGACUACCAGCCUGAUGAUGUGUACUGGUGCACAGCGGAUAUUGGCUGGAUCACAGGCCACUCCUACAUCACCUACGGGCCCCUGACCAAUGGAGCCACCAGCGUACUGUUUGAGGGCUUGCCAACUUAUCCAGACAUGAGCCGCAUGUGGGAGAUCGUGGAUAAGUACCAAGUGACCAAGUUCUACACCGCUCCCACCGCCAUCCGUCUGCUGAUGAAGUAUGGCAGUGCUCCGGUCCAAAAGUUCAGGCGGGACUCUCUGAAGGUGCUGGGCACGGUGGGCGAGCCCAUUAACCCGGAGGCCUGGCAGUGGUACUACAGUGUGGUUGGGGAGAAGAAAUGUCCGGUGGUGGACACCUUCUGGCAAACUGAGACGGGUGGGCAUGUGCUGACUCCGCUGCCUGCUGCCACACCCAUGAAACCCGGUUCAGCAACGUUUCCUUUCUUCGGUGUUGUCCCCGCCAUCCUGAAUGAGUCGGGGGAGGAGCUGGAGGGACCAAGCGAAGGUUACCUGGUGUUCAAACAGCCCUGGCCAGGCAUCAUGAGGACUGUCUAUGGUAACCACCAGAGAUUUGAGGCCACCUACUUCCAGAAGUUCCCUGGAUACUACGUCACAGGCGAUGGUUGCAGACGGGACCAGGACGGGUACUUCUGGAUCACAGGCAGGAUAGACGACAUGCUGAAUGUCUCAGGUCACCUGCUGAGCACGGCAGAGGUGGAGUCGGCGCUGGUGGAGCACCCGGCCGUGUCGGAGGCAGCGGUGGUGGGCCGGCCGCACCCCGUGAAGGGCGAGAGCCUGUACUGCUUCGUCACUCUCAUAGACGGUGUCGCCUACAGCACCACCCUGGAGACGGAGCUCAAGCAGCAGGUGAGAGAGAAGAUUGGAGCCAUCGCCACUCCUGACUACAUGCAGAAUGCUCCCGGGCUGCCCAAAACAAGAUCUGGCAAGAUCAUGCGUCGCGUCUUGCGUAAGAUUGCGAGGAACGAGAGGGACCUGGGGGACGUGUCCACGCUGGCCGACAGCUCCGUCAUCGAUCAGCUCUUCAACAACCGCUGCCCUACUGCUGUGUGACGGGGCCGAGUCAGGGCGGGGCCAAACCCCCCA